CACUUGAGCCUCUUGCCGUGCACGCGAGAUUAGUGUCCGGUGAGCGCGGGGGGGACACCGGGAGAGCGAGCACACCCUGGCCGUUGGUCCGCUGAGUCGACGAAGAGCUCCGCGAAGAUGUCGGCGAUGAGUCCGCACCGAGACACGAGCAGCUAACGGCCGCUGCCUCCGGAUACCGAGAAGUUUCUCCGUCGGACAGUUGAAAGGAGACCUGCGGGGAUAAACCGCCCAGAGACGGACAGGUGUUUUCCGCCGUCUCCCCCCUCCGUCCCCCGCUGGACUGUGGCAGCCACCACCGAAGCUGCUUGCUGGUUUUCUUUUCUACUUUGUACUGCUCUUGUUUUUAGACUUUUCUGAGCCAUGUUGUGGUCGCGGUGGCUUGUCCUGCUGCUCUGCUGGGGGACAAGCGGCGAGCAGCAGGCGGAUGAGAGGGACCGGGCUGGAGUCCGAGCGGACUCCCGCAGGCAGCGCUCCCCUCCGCCGGUGGAGCCGCUGGAUUUUGGGUUCGUACCCGCGGCCGUUUACGACACCCACGCUUACUACGAGCCGGGGAGCAUAGGCAUCCUCUUCCACAUGGUCCACGCGUUUCUCUACGUGGUACAACCGAACUCCUUCCCUAAAGACCUCAUUGUCAGAGUCAUUCAGCAAAACAUGGGGGGAAUCAAAAUAGAGGACUGGAGGAAGCCAGACAACGUCGUACUGUUGCUACAGUGGAUCCACUAUGAGGCCGGAUUCAUCGUAUGUGCGACCGUCGGUAUCGUGUUUGUGGUCCUCGUUCCCAUCAUAGCAACGUGUUUCUGUGUGUGUCGAUGCUGCGAAAACUGCGGAGGUGAGAUGCACCAGAGACAGAGGAAAAACGCUGACUGCCACCGAGGUUUCUUUACCGCCUCACUCAUCACCAUCUCCGUCUUCAUCAUUCUGGGAGUUCUCAUCGCCUAUGCUGCAAAUCACAAUGUCAGCACCCAGAUCAAGAGCACCCGGCGGCUCAUUAAUACCAACAUGAGAGACCUGAAGACAUUUGCUAACAACACGCCUGCGCAAAUUGAAUACCUGACAGCCCAGUACACCACAGCCAAGAACAAAGUCCUCUCAGACCUCGACAACAUUGGACCGUUGCUGGGCGGCAGGAUACACAGUCAGCUGGAGAAAGAGGUGGUUCCCUCGCUGGACACUGCCCUGCGAAUGGCAGGAGCCAUGAGGGAAACCAAGGAGGCCUUAGAGACCGUCAACACCUCCUUGGAGCUUCUUCAGGACGGGAUGGGGAAGCUUCAGACCAGUAUUUCAGGGGAGCGUGCCUCCCUAUCCAACACGCUGUCCGACCCGGCCUGCACCAAUGGAGCUGUGUCUCCUACAUGCAACACCAUCCGCUCCACACUGUCCCAGCUGGGAGUCAACGCCGACUACUCCAAGCUCUCAGAUGUCAGCCACGCUUUGGUCAACAUUAAUACCAUCUUGAGAACAGAUCUCAGCAACAUUGUACAAAAGGGUUAUGCGUCCUUCAAUGACACACCAAAACUGGUUAAAGAGCAAACUAAAAACAUUGUCUCAGCUUUGCCUAGAGUAAAAGGCAUGCUGGAUAAGAUCGGCACAGAGAUCACCAGCUUCUCCAAGAUGUUCCCAGUGGAACCCUCUCUGGCCAAUUUCACCAUCUUCCUCAAUGAAAGACAAAAGGCCAUCGAGUCCUUUUACCCACAGAUUGACCAGAUGGAUUUCUAUAGGUGGAUCGGCUGCGUGGCGGUGCUCUGCAUGGUCAUCCUGGUCCUGGCCUUCAACGUCCUCGGUCUGCUGUGUGGCACCUGCGGCUACGACAAGCAAGCGACGCCGACAACCCGCGGCUGCCUUUCGAACACCGGAGGAAACCUGCUGAUGGCUGGGGUGGGCUUCUCCUUUAUCUUUGCCUGGGUGCUGAUGGCCAUCGUUACCUCGCUGUUUGUUGCUGGUGGAAACAUAGAGAAGAUGUUAUGUGAACCUCUGGCUAACCGGCAGCUGUUCAAGAUCAUAGACACACCGUUCCUCGUGCAUCCUGAAAAGAAAAACUUCCUUCCUGGGAUGCUGUUUCAGAAUCCAAAUAUUGACUUGACUUUGGGCAGCAUGUACAGGGAAUGCUACGAGAACAACGGUCUGUAUCACGCUCUGCAGCUGGAGACCAUGUUCAACAUCAACUCCUUCCUCAACAGAACUGUGUACAACAGGGAUCUGGCCAAAGUGUUUGAAGGUGUGCAGGUGGAUCUGCAGAACGUCACACUGCUGGAGCAGGCCGGCAGAGACAACCUCAUCAACUUCGCCAACUCUGGAAUUGGAAAUAUCGACUAUGAUGCUUAUCUUACUGAGGUAAAUAAGGGAGUCACUCUGGUGGAUCUGCUGUCCUUUGCUACUGACCUGGAGGCUCAGGCCGACCAGCUGCCUCGUGGUGCUUUGGAGAACGCACUGAGAGGACACGCCAGCAGUAUCAGACUCAUUCACAGGGAGCAGGUGGUGCCCAUGGAGCAAGCAAUGAAAUAUGUCCGAGCGCGGAGCACACUGAGUCAGAGCAUCAAAAAACUGCAGAGGACGUCCAACGACCUGCCAGUCAAGGUCACUAAUGUCCUGAGCGCCAUUGAUGCAGCCGAGUACCUCAUCACCCAUAAUGCCUCACAUGUGGUGAAGCAGGAAACAAAAAGCUAUGUUCAGAGCUUGGUGGGAUACUUCAGACAGUACACAGAAUGGGUGAAAAACUCACUAACUGCAGAGGUUGCUCAGUGUAAACCCAUCAGUAACAUUGUGGACAGCAUGGAGAUAGUAGCAUGCAGCUUCAUAAUCGACUCAGUGAACACGUUCUGGUUUGGUCUCGGAGGCUGCUGCAUCCUUCUGAUCCCCAGCAUCAUCUUCUCUGUCAAACUGGCCAAGUACUACAGAAGAAUGGACACAGAGGACGUCUUUGAAGAUGGACAGGAGAGCUGGAACUGAUCUCGACUUUGUGGAUCGUUGGACUCGUCUUGUUUAGAUCGUGUAGCAUUUCCAAGGACAAAAGGGAAGAACAACAACAAUCAGGAACUGUGCGGAGAGGCUGACCCGCCGCUCGGUAUUCUUUCAGGCCAUUUGAUAAGGAACUCUGAUGCCAGUCAAUCGUAAACCUAUAAAGUGUUCCCUCGCUCACUCCAGCUUCCGGUCACAUUAGUCCCUCUAGUGUUUCAUGCUGUACACAAUCGACUAACAGAACAUUCUUCUUGCAUAGUUAGUUUUACCUGUAGCCAGUGAAUUUCUCCUCAACACUUUCAGUUUUAACACGGUGACACAAGUGUACAUUUUUUACACUUUCAAAACUUUUGAAAGUUUUAUAUAUUUUUGUUAAUCUUUGUUUUAUAACAUGUAGUAGUUUUUUUGUAGUAGUAGUAGCCCAUUUCUCUCUUUUUUUUUUUUUUUUGUCUCUGUGAAUACUUGUGAUAUAGCUUGCAUCAUUUUGAUUUCAACUAGUUCACCAGGAACAUUUUUAAGAAAUAGUUUGACAUUGUGGACAAUACGCUAAUCGCUUUCUUGCUGAGAACACGAUGAGAAGAUACACUGUCAAGCCUGUAUGUCAAAAAUAAGCAGAUGGUUCGUUUAGUUUAGCAAAAGGACAAAACUAAAAGCAAAGUCAGGCAAAACUAAGAGUCAACAGUUAGUUUGAGCUGCUGUGAAUGCUAAUGUCUGCGUGCUAACAAGCUCACCGUGGUAAAAACAACUAGCUGCUAUUCUGCUAGUGUAAUGUUUACCACGUUACAAUGUUUACCUACCUUUGUUUAGUAAAAUUAUUUACUAAUUUAUUUCUAAUUAGCACUAAUUAAAGUGUAUGAACACAAACCAAACUAAUUUAACUAAUUACAGUUGUGACUUGAUGAUCAUGGUGUGAAAAAUCAAGGGAUCCCCAAAGCUUUUCUUUUUAAAUCCUCUGGGUAACGUGUUUUUCUGCAGAAAAUUUCAUUGCAGUCCGCCAAAAAUAUCAACCUCCUGGUGCUCUUGAGGGACAAGUAAGAGGAUGAGAAAAGUUAAUAGGAUUCAUACUCAUAAAUGUCUUUACCUCAUGCACAGGUAAACUGUCAAACAGUUGAGAUACUUGGAUAUUUCUGUCUGGACCAAAGUGGUGAACCGGCUGAUCAACUGUUCUCAUAGAAUCCAACGUGAUUUUUUUUCAGGGUUUGUUUUUGUACCAAUUAAAAUAAAAGAAAAAGGCUUUAAAUGCAUUGCAUUUCCUUUGAACAGGUGAGCUUCUUCCACCAUCGCCUGUCUUUGUGCUAAGCUAAGCUACCCAUCUCUAGACUUUUUUUAUUGUUUGAUACAGACAAGAUAGUUAUCGAUCAUCCCAGCUAACCCAGCAAGAAAGCUAAAAAAAAAAGAGGGUUUCCCAAAAUGCUAUCCCUUUAAAGCUCCAGUCUAAAAGAUUUAGUGGUAUCCAGCAGUGAGGCUGCAGAUUCCAGCCAACUGAAUACCUCUAACCUUCACCUUCCAAGCUUUUAGGAGACCCAACAGUGGUGCUGAAAAAUGUGACAUGUCCUCUCUAGGGCCAAUGUUUGAUUUGUCCAUUCUCGAGUGGAGCAGCAUGGAAGAAAACCUGAACCUUCUAUAAAGGACAAAAACACAACAAAAUAAUGAAUAUUCUAAUUAUUUUCCGCCAUUAGAUCCAUCUAAAUGUGACACACUGGACCAUUAAAUGCUAAAAUGACUAAUCUGGCAGCUUAGUUUGUUUCUGUGUUCACGUCCUUGAGACACAAAGAAUUCCUAGUUUAUCCUGGAUCUUGAAGCAAAAUGUUACAAGCUAUUCAGGGCACAUGCAUACGCUACACACACCGCUCCCUAACAAGGUUUCAAGACAGCUAACACACAAAAUACUGCGUCUUAGUGAGGCCCUAGUUGCUUGCGUUGUCCAAGGUUUGAGAAAUACAGCUCCCAGAAGCCUCAGUGAUGUCAGAGGUCUGAGGUACACAAAAGGAGGUGGUGAAGGGCGCAAAUCUGUGAAUAAAAACUUGUCUAAAAACUG